AUGGCACAACAAUCGCCACAAGCCGACGAAGCGAUGCCAGCUUCUCGAUGCCGGUUCAAUGCAACCCAGACUCUAGAUCGGCUUCGAAGUCUUCUCCCUCCUUUCCUUGUUAAGCCUCCGAAAGUCGAACUCGACACAGACCCUAUUCCCAGAACGAAUGUUGAACGUCGUCGAGCCUCAUUCGCCGCCGCUUCCCUCGAUCAAGACGAAACUCUUCCUGAGCAGAUCUCCACGCAGCAGGAACACGGGAUUGGUGUGUCGGAAACCGCUGCGAAGGAUGAGACGGUUCUCUACCUCGCGUACGGGUCAAACCUAGCUUCCAAGACUUUCCGCGGAGUGCGCGGCAUCAAACCACUCUCGCAGAUCUGUGUGCUUGUCCCCGAACUCCGUCUCACCUUUGAUCUUCCCGGAUUACCGUAUGCAGAGCCCUGUUUCGCAGGCACACAAUACAGAGAUAUUUCUCCUCCGGCAUACGACGAGACCGAACUCCAAGAUGACGAGACGGAUGUGUCGGACAAUGAGUAUAUGUCAGAGAAGGCAGCGCUCAUGGGUCGGAUACAGCAGGUGGAGGUUAUCUCGGGUUGUGACAAGCGGCAAUGGCACAAACCUCUAGUUGGAGUCGUCUACGAAGUCACACUAGCCGACUACGCGAAGAUUAUCGCCACAGAAGGCGGUGGUCGUGGAUACCGCGACUGUGUUAUCGAUUGUCAUCCCUUCUCUCAAUCCUACAACCCCUCCGACCCCGUCCCGGAUUACCCUACCACACCAUCCUUCAAGGCACGCACCCUGAUCUCGCCAGCUGCGGACAAUGCUCGCAUUAAAUCGCUAUCCCAGAACGGCGAUGUCGCGCUGCUACCCAGUGGUUCAAAGCUGUCGUGGUGGUAUACCGUAUGCUUGCAUUUCCGACCAGAUCCUAACUACGCCCAACCCUCUGCUCGCUAUUUGGGGUUGAUCAAGACCGGCGCUGCGGAACAUGAUCUGCCUGUUUCCUAUCAAGAAUAUCUUGCGCAGAUCAAAACAUAUCAUAUUACAACUACGCGCCAGAAGAUCGGGAAAGUGAUAUUCCUGGCUCUGUGGGCGCCUGGGUUGAUUCUGACUUUGGCAUCAUCCAGGAUAUUCGCAGGUCCUGAUGGUCGUAUUCCACCGUGGCUAGUGGCUUUGGCCAAUAUCACUUUUGCGGGGAUGUGGAAUAGCUAUGACUAUUUCUUUGCUCCUGUCUUUGGGGAUGGGGAGCGGACUCUAGAUGAUACCCAGGCCUGA